AAGUUUGUGAUUUAUGGCUUUUUGCCUGGCGUGAUUGACCAAUUGGAGGCCACAGCACGUUUGCGCGGACAUAUCCUCCUGUUUCUAUCUGCUCUUGAGGCCUCACACUCAAGAGGUAACGCGUAAUUGGCAAUGACUCCAUCAAUCAGUGGUUGGGAUUCAAGUUCGUUUUGUUGCUCCAUGGGGGAAUCAUUUGUUAAAGACCUUCUUUCCAUGUGUCUUGAAAGAAUAUCAAUGGAGCAGGACGUCUCUAACUCCGAACUUGCAUUUCUUCAGGUCACAAGGAACUUUGAGGCCACUAGGAUGAAGUGGCUUCAUGCUGAACUGGACCUCAAGAAGUGCAGGGAGCUGCUGUUGAAGUCUGACGUGGUCCGGGCAGCAUUAGAGGUCCAGCUAAAACAUGCUCGCAAUCAGGUUGAUGUAGAGAUCAAGAAACGCUACAAGGCAGAGGCUGACCAUCAGUACCUGGAACGCCAGAUCAAAUUGAUCUGUGACAUACUCGUCAAUGACAGUAAGUCAAGUGCGUGCCUCAAUGAUGAACAGAGAUCUAUGCUUGCCAACUUCAAUCAUAAAGGACUCGAUGUCCCACAGCAGAAAGGCAAACGGUUGUCUGUCAUUGAUGAGUCAUCGUUCCUCUCACAUUCUGACAUUAGUUAUGAUAGAACUGAUGAUGAUCUGGACUUGGACACCGCAGUGCUGAGACCUCUCAAGUCGAGAGCAAGAGAGAAAAGGCGAUCCUCCUUGGGGCCCAAUGUCCGACAUCAGAGACGAAGUAGAAUGAGUGGCCGGUCAGGAGAUCUCCUAGGAGUGGGGUCAACAGAAAAAGAAGUAGAGACCACUGUAGUGAAGGCAUCAGUUAGCACUCCAGAAGGUGGGAGUUCAAUUCAGCUGGUCAUUGGCAUAACUCAGGAACCUCUUGAGAACCCCCGUCGUGAUCACAUCUAUGAGAGUUCACCAUCUGUUAUGGAUCAAACCUCUGUGUGGGUUUCUGAUGAAUCCAAAAUGGAGGCCCAGACUGUGACAGACAUGGAGUUGACGUGUACAGAACCCAAACUGCCAGAGGUCGUGUCGCCUACUGAGGACAGAACCUUGCGUCAUGUUUUUCUGUCUAAAACGGUGAUCAGACCUGAGACUUGUGGGCCGUGUGGGAAAAGAAUACGUUUUGGCAAGAUGGCGGUGAAGUGUCGGGACUGUCGGCUCAUAUCCCACCCCGAAUGUAAACAUAUGUGUAAUGAGCCUUGCUCUCCAAGUGCCCAUGGCAAUCCUCAACCCACUGAGGGCACUUUGGAAAGUUUUGCUCCUUCUACCCAGCCAAGAAUCCCCCAACUCAUUACUCAAUGUGUGAAUGAAAUUGAAAAAAGAGGAUUUCAGGAGAGAGGGAUUUAUCGCGUACCUGGAGGGGAGCGCACGGUCAAGGAACUGAGGGAGAGGUACUUGAGUGGCAAGGGCCCACUCCUGCUCAACAAAGUAUAUGAUGUCCAUGUAAUCUGUGGACUUCUCAAGGACUUCCUCAGGAAACUAAAAGAGCCUCUGAUUACGUUUCAGCUGCACCACAAAUUCAUGGAGGCCAGUGAGAUUGCAGAGGAUGACAACAGUGCCGCAAUGACGUUUCAGGCCAUAGGAGAGCUUCCUGCCGUCAACAGGGAUACGCUGGCUUUCCUCAUGCUACAUCUGCAGAGAGUCAUGAAGAGCCCAGUGUGCCAGAUGGAUCUUAACAAUCUGGCCAGAGUGUUUGGACCUACUAUUGUUGGCCACAGCAUACCGGAGCCAUCACCACUGACCAUCAUGAGAGAUACCACCACGCAGCCCAAGGUCAUGGCGAGACUGCUGUCGUUCCGGGCUGAAUACUGGAGAAGCCUCCUCAGGAAAGAAAAGAGUGUCUCAACUCCAACUGAUACAAAAAUAAACAUUGACGGAAAAGGCACCGAUAGGAAUCACAUGUUCACACCGGUCCGUUCCCCUGAGAAGGUGACUUAUGACAAGGUUCCUAGUGCCAGUUCUCUAAAAGGAAGAAUUAAGACCUUUGGCAAUGCUUUUGGCAGCUCAAGCAAACCUAAGCCUGACUCAAGAAACAGUCGUUUUUUUAUCUCCCCCAAAUGAUGCUGAAAUGAGUAUCCUGUCUUUGAAUGCCGACUAGGAAAGCGCUUAAUUCAUUAUCUUAAAUAAAAUGUGUUUUGUAAUUUAAAUAUUAUCUAUGUACAUUUAAACUAUAUAUAAAGUAUAUUAAAACUACACAGAAUUUUGUAAGUGUACGUGUCUUGUUGUUAAACUUCUUGUUUGAGUAUUUUCCAGCCAAGAUGUAUGUACAACAUCCUGAAUAUUUAUGUCAGACUGAAAUAAAGUUUAUGCUAUUGUAGUAAAGUUCAGUUAUCCGUUUUUCUACUAAUGGAUGAAUGAUAAAGACAGUAUUUAAUUGUUUGAUCGUUUUUUUUAGCUAGUUCUAUAAUCAGAUUCUUGAGGGCAAAAAUCCAUCCAGUGCUAAUGC